CUGAUAGAACGAUGACAAGGCCAAACACCAUUGGGAGGAAAAACAUAUUUUUUGUGAUUUAAGCCGGUCGCAAUUUACUUCUUUAUUGUAGAUAAAAAUAUAGCAAUGUCCUUUAAUCAAUUGCUUAGGAUUGGUCAAUCAAUGGCUAAUAGCAGCGCCAUAUCUCUCAAGUUCAUACGCUCUGCAAUACCACAACUGCAACAACAACAAUUGCGUCAAGUGCAACGUUGUUACAGUCAGUUUAGUUUAAAUCCACCAACGAUAACAUCAUUUAAUACAAGCACUUUGCCAAAUAAUAAACGGCUAUGUGUAGUUUUGUUGCCGAUUUCUGGGGUUAGUUGCGCCGCUGCCUCACAACUUGCAAAAACCGAAAAUGCACCGUCAUCGUCUACCGGUGCUCUCCGUCCACAAGUCGAUGAUAUUGACAGCAACAACAUGUCAGGUCCAGAUCCUAAAACCGCCAAAACAAUUUACGAAUUCACCGUAAAAGACACGCAUGGUAAUGAAGUGUCCUUGGAAAAAUACAAGGGUAAUGUUGUAUUGGUCGUGAACAUCGCAUCGCAAUGUGGUUUGACCAAAAACAAUUAUGCAAAACUAACCACUUUGUUGGAGAAAUAUGAAGAAAAGGGUCUACGCAUUUUAAAUUUCCCCUGCAAUCAGUUCAACUCACAGAUGCCGGAAGCAGAUGGUGAAGCAAUGGUAUGCCACUUGCGUGAUGCCAAGGCUAAUAUUGGCGAUGUUUUUCAAAAGGUUGACGUAAAUGGCUCUGGUGCAGCCCCACUUUACCAAUUCUUGAAGCACAAGCAAACUGGCACACUCGGUAGCUCCAUUAAGUGGAAUUUCACCAAAUUCCUUGUAAACAAGGACGGUGUACCUGUGGACCGUUAUGCUCCCACAACGGAUCCAAUGGAUAUUGCAAAAGAUAUUGAAAAAUUACUCUAAGUUCAAGUCGAUUGUAUCGAAAAUAACCUUGAUUAUUAAUCAUACGCAACUUAUUUCAAAUAAGUAAAAAAAAUCA